AUGACCAUCAACGGCGUGGGGCCUACGCCUACGGUACCUGAGACGCAGCCCGCGCGGUUGAAGCUCGACAUAGUCAUUGUCGGUGCGGGCCUCGGUGGACUUGCCCUCGCCAUUGCGCUUGCGCGCCGCGGCCACGCUGUGCGGAUAUUAGAGCAGGCACCUCAGCUUGGAGAGGUAUGA